UUUUAAUAACUUUUUAUUUAUUUUUUCAAGACAUGGUCCUCCAUUUUCAUCUACUUGCAGCUCCUGAAGCACACAGAGUGGGAAGUUCCAGCUAGCACCCUAUUGCAGCUUCUUCCUGAUUCUGCCACCACCACCAUCUCUACCUGCCACUGUGUUCCGUCUGUUUUUGAUUAUUGUGCUGCACAUUCAACUUCAUUGAAGUAAGAAGUUUCGUUUGGAGGGGUUCUAUUAUCUUGGCUGCUAUGAAAGGAAAGAACAGGAGAAGCGGCGGCAUUGUGCAACUGGAUUACCUGAUUCACAUUGAGGAGAUUAAGCCUUGGCCCCCUUCACAAUCUCUCAGAUCGUGUCGCUCCGUAUUGAUACAAUGGGAGAACGGGGAACGGUCUUCAGGAUCUACCAACAUAGCUUCUCCUUCACUUGGUUCAAUUGUAGGUGAAGGAAGAAUUGAGUUCAAUGAGUCAUUUAGGCUCCCUGUAGCACUGUUGAGGGACAUGUCUGUCAAAAAUUCAGAUGCUGUUGUGUUCCAAAGGAAUUGUUUGGAGUUCAACUUGUAUGAGCCCAGAAGAGAUAAGAUUGUUAAAGGCCAGUUGCUGGCGACGGCCAUCGUAGACUUGGCAGAUUGUGGCAUACUCAGAGAGACUUUGAGCAUUAGUGCACCAUUGAACUGCAAGAGGAGCUACAGAAACACUGAUCAGUCUUUUUUGUUCAUUAAAAUCGAGCCGGUUGAAAAGAAUCGAGCUAGGCCCUCGUUGAAGGACAGAUUGUCAAAGGACAAUAAUGGCAGUGAUUCUGUAUCAGCAUUGAUGAAUGGAGAAUAUGCUGAGGAAGCUGAGAUUGCCUCCUUUACUGAUGAUGAUGUUUCCUCUCAUUCAUCUUUAGCAGCAAUUACUACUUCCCCUGAAUCUAGUGGGUGUAUGCCUCGUGAACAUGAAGAGAAUAUACCAGCGCGAAACACUCGUAGGAAUGACAUGGAGCUUCCCUUGGCUUCAGAAUCAAGGGUUGAAAAGAUGAAUAUGAUGCAACAGGAUCCAUAUGAGAGACUGGAGAGGAGUUCAUCCUAUGUGCCAUCUGAUGUUAGGAGUCCAGUUAAAGUUCAAGCUUCUCUGACAAGCACUCCCAAUAAUGGUUCAGCGACACCCGAUAAGCAAUUUGUUUCCCCAAGUGCUGAUUCUUCUUCCCAAUCCUUGGAGGAAGUUUCCUUGAGCAAGUCCAGAAGCAGUGAUCAUGGAAAUCUGGAUCAGGAGGUUUGUGGAAAGGUUGCCAAUGAUAGAAAUAUAGUUACAGCUGUUCAUACAAACAGUGAUGAAAGUGCUUAUUCAACCAACACUGCAUCUCUAGAUAGUAAUUGCAUCGAUCCUGACUCUUUAAACUCUGCUGGUUCGGAAAUUAACGGAAAGUUAAACGAGGGACAUGAGGAAGCUGACAAAUAUUGCGUGGAGGAUGGGGCAAGUGAUAGAUAUUACUAUAAUCCCGUUCAGGACAAGCUUGGAAAUGGAAUGCUUCAUUUUGAUAAGCAAAAUCAUGUCGAAGAUGAAUCAGGGGCUCAAGGUGCCAAAGAUCAAGUUUUAUUGAGUAGUGUUACCAAUUCUUUUGGUGGGUCAGAUGUUGGUAUGAAAGGAAAUAUUCUUAAAUCUGAGAAGUUAAAGUAUGUAAAAUCUGUAAGGUCAUCUGCAGACAUUGCUAGGAGUAUUUCACUUGGUAGCAAUCAUCAUGCUGAAGUAAAGGAAAAUGGCUUUAAUGGAGAUGCCCAAAACAGUGGAGGGAACAUCAGAAGCAGUGACAAAAGAGAGGCUAAGAUUUAUCCAAGGGAAGCAAGAAAUAACAUUUUAGACAGCAAGGUUGAGCAUUUGGAAAGCAAAAUAAAGAUGCUUGAAGGAGAGUUAAGAGAAGCUGCUGCAAUUGAGGCUUCCUUAUAUUCAGUAGUUGCCGAGCAUGGAAGUUCCAUGGGUAAGGUUCACGCCCCAGCUAGGCGCCUUUCCAGGCUGUACCUUCAUGCUUGUAAAGAAAAUAUUCAAGCUAGAAGGUCUGGGGCAGCUAAAAGUGCUAUAUCAGGAUUAGUACUUGUUGCAAAAGCAUGUGGAAAUGAUGUCCCAAGGUUAACAUUUUGGUUGUCUAAUUCUAUUGUUUUAAGAACAAUUAUAAGCAAAACCACGAAAGAUGUUGCACCAUCAAAUCCUGCUGUGUCUAGUACAAGAAGGAAAAGUGGAGAGGGGAAUGGCAAGAUAGCACAAUCAUUAAUAUGGAAGGGGUACUCUCAUAAGAAAAGCGAAAAUACAGCCAUUGAAUUUGGAGGUAUUGGUAACUGGGAUGACCCAAAUGUGUUUACAUCAGCACUGGAAAAGGUGGAAGCUUGGCUCUUCUCUCGCAUCGUGGAAUCUAUUUGGUGGCAGUCUCUGACUCCACAUAUGCAGAAAAGCUAUACGAAGAUGUCUGGCACCUGUGAUCAAGAUCUGGGAAAUUUAUCACUUGAUAUUUGGAAGAAUGCUUUUAGAGAAGCCUGCGAAAGGAUCUGUCCACUCCGAGCUGGACGGCAUGAAUGUGGCUGUUUGUCAGUGCUGCCUAGAUUGAUAAUGGAGCAGUGCAUAGCGAGAUUAGAUGUUGCUAUGUUCAAUGCCAUUCUUCGCGAGUCUGUUGAUGACAUUCCAUCUGAUCCUAUAUCUGAUCCCAUCAGUGAUCCCAAGGUUCUCCCCAUUCCGCCUGGUAAAUCAAGCUUUGGUGCUGGAGCACAGCUAAAAACUGCGAUUGGUAACUGGUCUAGAUGGCUGACUGAUCUAUUUGGUAUUGAUGAUGAUGACUCACUUGAGAAUAGAGAUGAUGAUGAACUUGAUAACAAUGAUGGACGCCAGAAUACAUCCUUCAAGCCCUUUCAUCUUCUUAAUGCACUAAGUGACCUCUUGAUGCUUCCUAAGGAUAUGCUAUUAAGUGAAUCCAUUAGGAAAGAGGUAUGUCCUAUGUUCAAUGCUUCACAAAUCAAGAAGAUUCUAGACAAUUUUGUCCCGGAUGAGUUUUGCCCUGACCCAAUUCCAACUGAUGUGUUUGAAGCUCUAGAUUCAAAGGAUGAUCUCGAGGACGGAAAAGACUCUGUCAACAACUUCCCAUGCAUUGCCGCUCCCAUUGUAUAUUCACCUCCUCCAGCAACAACCAUUGCAAGCAUUACUGGGGAUAUUGGAAGUGAAUCUCAGCUGAGAAGAAGCAAAUCUUCUGUUGUCAGGAAGUCAUACACCAGUGAUGACGAGCUCGAUGAGUUAAACUCGCCAUUAUCUUCAAUAUUAUUUAGUGGCUCCCCAUCCCCAGUAUCAACAAAACCCAACUGGAAGAAAAAAGAAAGUCGCACCGAAUCUGCUGUCAGAUAUGAACUCCUUAGGAAUGUUUGGAUGAACAGCGAGUGAUCAGAUUUCACCCUUUCUGUAACAUUACUGUUAUGUCACUGUAAAAAUGAUAUGUACUCUCGGGUUAGAAGAGGAUAAACAACCAAAUAUUAAAAAGCGAGAUGAUGAGAAUGGAAUGCAUAUAAAUAAUGUAGCAUGUGCUUGUAAUGUAUAAUAAGAUCAUAUCAUGUUGGUAA